UCACUGACUCUAUUCAAAUGAUAAUCAUCGAGAGACGGUUCUUGUUCCGGGUCGUGCUGUUUUGUUAUGCUAAGUGAAAAACGGUUUUAAAAGCGUCAAAUUAAGUUAUAAAUACAGUCGUCUUUUGAGGUUUUGGAAACAGAUAAGGACGCUAUGCAAAGACCACAGUUUCGCCAACCCCGCCAGGGCUCUGGUCCGCGGUCCGCAGGCUUCCGCAGCCCGCCUCCAGCCUUCGAUAGGACAGGGAGUAUGUUUCCAUCGCCUCCGUGGGCAUUUUCAACCCCACCGCCGCCGUUUGGACCUAGAUUUGGACAGCGUUCUCCAAAUAACGUUACACCACCGAGAGAGUUUGGCGGUAACAGAGGCGGCGGUGGGAAGUAUUUUAACGGUCAAUCUCCGGCGCACACCCCGCGCAGAUCGAGCCCUAGUCCCCGCGGCGCACCGUUCGGACGCUCGCCGUAUGAGAGUCCCAGACGACACUCUGGAUAUCAGGGUUCACCACGGACAUCCACUCCGUUUGGGUCAGCGUAUGGCAGGGAGAGGGGGACAAAUGAUAUGGAAAAAUAUUACAAAUCAUCCAUGCUCCAAGAUCCCUGGGCUAACCUACAGCCCAUCUCAGUUACACAAACUCAUUCUAAAUGCAACUCCAAACAAACCAAUACAAGCAGACAAGGGAGGUACUACAAUUAAAACUAUCUUACUUCAAUGAAAGGGAAAAAGUCACUGAACAGUCCUUUUUUAUUUAGUGCACCAGUAGUGCACUAAUUUUUUAAAGUCAAACGGAGCCAGCCGAACACAUGGACCUGAGGCAGGAUUCACCAGCAAUAAUUCUUGAGAAACUGACUAAAUAAGAUUUUCUAAAAUCAUAUGUACUUGCUUGUGUAAAGAGACAUUCUCUUUUACUUUUAUAUCUGCACCUCAACAUCAGGAUUGUAAAAAUGGGGUGCUAUUGUAACUGGCAGCCUAUUCAUAGUAGUUUGCCAUCUCUGGCCCACUCCCAUGGAGUUUGUAAAUCCUUCAUUGAAUUCAGAGGAAUAUGCCUUCAAGCUCAAAAUGCAGUCUAACAAAAGAUGUCCGAUCAACACAUCCAUCUACCUCUCAAUAUUGACUGUGUGCUGUUAACUAGAACAGGUCAGGUCAAGUAUUUGUAAGUUUGGCUCCUUUACAAAUUUUCUAUGGACUGAUUUUGUUUUUUUAACUUUUUAUUUUUGGUGUCUUUUUUGGUUUUAUCACAGUCUACGGUCAUUUCUUUUUUGUAUAUAUAUAAAAACAGACUGGCAACAGACAUUGUAAUAGUAAACAACCCACAAAGAACUAUUGUUGAAUUAUAAGCCAAAUAUAAUUAAAAGUUGUACUUGUAAUGCAAUACAGUCCUUGUCAAAAAACA